UUACAAACGUUGUAUUGCCGGAUUAAUUAACGUGCGUUGAGUGGUAAAAAAAAUCCAAUAACUAUAAAUACUUGAAUUCGGUGUGUGGUUGAUUUUAUUGUCGAAAUGAAAAUCAUCGUUGUUUUGUCCUUUGUUGCUUGCGCUGCUGCAAUUAACGUAAAACAAUGCGAUAGCGACAAUCCAAUCGAUGACUUGAACAACAGAAUUCAAAUCGACAAUUGCAACAAGAGAGGAUGUCGCGUGAAAAAGGACAGUUUCUUGAAAGUAUCGAUGAAAUUUACACCAGCUGAAAAUAUUAAAGGUCUGAAGAACCACGUAACAGCCGAUAUAUUGGGCGCCAAGUUGCCUUUUGUCGGAGUGGAUGGUGAAGAUGCAUGUUCCCAUGUUUUCGACAAAGAUGGCAAGAAAUUGCCCAAUUGCGAUUUGAAAGCCGGCCAGGAUUACUUCUACAACGACAGCUUCGAAAUCCUCAAGAUAUACCCUUCGAUACAAACGACGGUGCAUUGGGCCCUGGUAUCUCCCGACAACAAGAACGUAUUGUGCUUUGAAGUCCCAGUUACUAUUGCCUCUUAAAUUUGUUGUAAUAAUUUAGUGUGUAGGUCGAUUUAUUAAAAAAAACGUUUAUUUUGAGCAUUAUCGAUUUUUUGCGUUGAAGAGAAACUGCAUGGAGUAGA